AUGUCCAAACAACAAACAACACCAAAUAGACAUGCUGCACCUGCAAGGAUCCAAAGGAUCUACCAUAAUGUCAACUUUCAUGCCCACCAUUUAGCGUCUCCCACUCAAUGUGUGUCCUUCAUUCAGUUCACUGUGCACUACUCAAUGUUUCUCUCUUUAGUUCUAGUGUUUUCUCUGUGUCUUUUUCAUGUCUCUCCCGCAGUUAGAUUCGGUGUCAGGAUUGUUCUCAAUAUUUUUUCAUGUCUCUCUGUGUAUCUUCUCUUCUUAGCGUCUCUCUUGUUGGUAGUGGGUGAUCUGGGGGCUUGCAUGCGGUGCAUGCCACUUUGCAUGCCACUUUCUCACAAGACUUUGAUGCAACAUAAAUUUCAGAAGCUAAGUGCCGUAUUUGAUGCUGGGCGACAUUUUUAUCAUCUGACUUUGUCGCAAUAUGACUUUCAAAGCUAA